UACGCAGCGGAGAAUCGAGUUUUUUGAUUAUUUUACCCACAAUAGCGUAUUUGUGGUACUCUUUUCAUUUCUUCUUUCUCUAACUGCUUGAUUCCUUUUGCCUCUCUAUACCAUCCUAGCAUGUCGUCACCCUCGGUUGAUGAAGCGAUGGACUUUGUUUCCGAAGAUGGAAGCAUGACUCCCGAAUACCAAGCCAUGGAGACUGAUAGCAGCGCCUUUGAUCAAUCUCCUUCUCCUACCAACGGGAUUCAGCCCAGCACCCCAACUCCAUCGAUUAACAACAAGAAUGAUCCUCCCGUGAAAGUGAGAAAAAAGCCCGGCCGUAAACCAAAUCCGGCGUCACCAGCUUUACGUAAAGCGCAAAACCGAGCAGCUCAGCGAGCGUUUCGAGAACGCAAGGAACGUCAUAUGCGGGAACUGGAGACGGCCAUCAAACAAGUGCGAGAACAAAAAGACAAAUUAGCCAUGGAAAAUGACCAAUUGAAAGCCGACUCGGAGAUUCUACGUAGCGAAAAUUGGUAUCUCAAGGGCAUCGUGCUGACAUUACAACUCGUGUGUUUUCAGCAUAAUCUGGUCAUCCCUCAGCAUGGUCCAUACAUCAACGAACAAGCACUUGGUGUGCUGGCGCAGUCCAUUCCUGAGCCAAUUUCGGCUUAUAUCAGCUUGAAUGCAAACCACAAAUUACCGGUGCCGUCCAAACUGUUCGGUUACCGUCACGGUAUGAAUCAUCAAAGAGAUCGAUAUCUGUCUUCUGGCAAUAUCAUGAUCAAUCCACAUGGCGUAGAAAAUGUGCCCGAUCAGUGCAAUCCCAAUCUUUCCUCGACUUCUCCUGCCCACUCCAAUUCUCCCACCGCCACCGUUUCGCCUCCCAACCUUCAUUCGUCGCCUACAAAUGAUGAGGCUAUAGGCUUGCAUUCCCCCGAUCUUCCUUCUCUCGAAAGCAGACAAGAACAACCUAUCCCACUGCUUCACCCAUCAUCUCUCACUGUUCCGCACCCGCCUCCUUCCGUAACUUCACAAACAUUAAAUUCUGCUCAGACGACUUCUUCACAAGCACCCUCGUCAUCCAUUCACCAGUGGGCCUAUCCUUCAAACACCCAAGCAGCACAUGAUCAAGGCCAAACUGGGGACGAGUAUGCGAAUUUGCCACCCUUAUCACCUGUGCACGAACAUGCUGCCGAAUCAACUGCUGAACCUCCUCGUCCAGUGAUGUUGACCUCUCAACCGCUGACUUCUAACCUGGCUGCGAUCCAAGCAUUGCGAUUGCGUCUUCGCCUCCAAUCGGCGUGUCUACGUACUCAAUCUGUACCCUUUGCUAUUCAACCUACCACCUUGCAGCUGACAAUUCCACACGAUCCUCGUAUUGAUUUAAUUCCUGCACCGCAUAUGCGUGAUCGCAUGAUUUUGUUCCGAGAUUUGUUCGAUCUGGAUGAUUGUUUCCGAUGUCUGCUUGGAAAUUCGGUGUUUCAUGGUGGAGAUCCAGCUAUAGCAGCCAACUGGCAGCUUCCGUUGGAAUUCUUUGAAAAGUUCUGGUUCUUGACCAUUGAUUAUGAUUUACGACGUACCACCAACAAGUGGCGACGAUUGCAAGGUCUCAAUGACAUCGACCCUUUCAAACAACAGAAGCAGAUGGAUUCACAACCGGCGCAGAACACGGAUUCACAGCAACAUCCAUCGGCGUCGCCCUCAAAUGAACCCGAACGAAGAAAUUCCUUGUAUUCUUCACCACCGCCUCUGCAGGAACUUUUGCAACAUCCUCUCCACCAGCACAGAGGUUCCACCGACAUCGAUUUCCAACCUGAUAUGCUGGCUCUUUCAUCAUUUCUUGGUUUGGAUCUGAUGCCACAUAACGGGUCAUCUACACAAACACAGCCGCAUGCACCACAACAGCAACCCUUCGAUGGUGCACUGUCAGAAUCACAACAACACGAGCAACAGAAAAAGAACGCGGCUUCCUACGCUUCCUCCUUCUCAUCCGAAUCCUCGUUAUCGUCCACGUCAUCUUCUACGCAUGAACUACCAGAAUCGUUUACUCCUGUCCAUCUAACCGAUGGUUCUCGUUUAGCGCAUCCGAAAAAGAACCCGAAGGAGCCUGUGCAUUCGUUCUCCGAAACGUGCCAUCCGUGGGACACAUUAUUAAUGGACACACAACCGUCCGAUUAUGAUUUCAUGAUGGAUUCGCUGAUCAAUAUCGAUCCAUAAUGGAGUCAGGUCGUCCACUCUCUCCCUCUCUCCCUCUCUCCCUCUCUCCCUAUAUUUUAUGCUGAAAAAGAAAAGGAAUUCUAUGUUCAAAAAAAAGAAAAUCCCGCAAGUCAUUAGAUAUGUAUGUUAUUGACCUUCUUCAUAUUUCAACAGAAUCAUUAUUUCAUCGCUGGGCAGCGCCUUCCUGGGGUUGACCCUUGUAAAUUACGUUUGUUUUCUUUUUAUUUACCUUUUUUUUUUUUUUUGUUU